AUGACCUUCCGUUGGCCCGGAACUGGGGCUGCCAGCGCCCGCAGUGGAAGCCGUUCCUGUCAGUGGGCGGUUAGGCCUGGUGUGGCUUCGUCCCGUCCUGUGGCAUCACGCGGUGUAUCCAACCCUCUCGCUGCUGUUACAGACGGCGUCCUUUCUUUGGCUGAAGACUCGCCGUGCCCCCGCAUCGUCAGCCGCGAGGAGUGGGGCGCUCGGGAGCCAUUGGUCCCUCACGAGAACCUGACGAUCUCGCCAGUGCCAUACGUGGUGGUCCACCACGGCGGCAUGCAGGAGUACUGCUUCGACGAGGAGGCGUGUGCGGCCAUUGUACGCUCCUACCAGGACCUGCACAUGGACACAAAUGGCUGGGACGACAUCGGAUACAACUUCUUGGUGGGCGAGGACGGCAACGCCUACGAGGGCCGAGGCUGGGACGCCAGGGGGGCCCACGCGCCGGGCUACAACCAGCAAAGCAUCGGAAUCUGUGUCAUGGGAGACUUCUCAGAUCGGCUCCCAAACGACGCGGCUCUGGAGACCCUGCAGAAUAUGAUGGCCUGCGGUGUGUCCCUGGGUAAGGUCAGCGACUCGUACCUGGUGUUGGGCCACCGGCAGGUCAAGGCGACGCUGUGCCCGGGGGACCAGCUGUACGCCUGGGUGACGCAGCUGCCCAACUGGACGGACGACCCUCAGCCCUGUGUAGACGAGGAGUGCCCCGAUCCGCCAGUUGGCUCCAGGCUGCGCACGAACCCACACUCCAGCCUGCUCAGCAGACGCUGA